AUGGAAGGCAACACACAAAGUCUUCCAUGUGAUGUCAUAUACACCAUACUCUCCAAACUACCCGUCAAAUCUCUGUUUCAAUUGAGAUGCGUUUGUAAAUCUUGGCGUGAUGUAAUCUCCGAAGCCCAAUUCUCGAAAUCACAUCUCACUGAAUCAAUUAAGUUGGUCGACCGUCAAAGAAUCUUUGUCCGGGACACCAUGUACGCCUGUUUCCGCUCCAUAGGUUGUGACUCCAUGGAUACUUGCGAUGACGGUUUAGACGAAACAAUAUACUUUCCUGUUGAGAAGUAUACUAGGGCUAAAGUGUUGUGUUCUUGUAAUGGUUUAGUACUGUUGCGUGUUAACAAAACUGACAAUAUGUGUGUACUUUGGAAUCCAUCCAUCAGAGAAUUCAAAAAGUUCUCAUGUCCAUCUCAUAUAUCUCACAACUACAGUCCACAUGGACUUUACUACGAUUCUUCCAUGGAUGAUUACAAGGUAAUAUUUUUCUCUCGAGGGCUGGAAUAUAAUUUUAUUGUUUUUAGUUUCAAAGGUCAAUCUUGGACACAGCCUAAGAAAUUCCCUUAUUUGGCUUUUCACGGUGAGACGGUUGUUGCGAAUGGAGUGUUGCACUUGGUUGCUCUUAAACCUAGGAAAGUUGCCAACAUGAAGCCUCCCUUUUCACCAUACCCAUUUUUCGUUACACUCCAAGGCCAAUUUUCCGAUAAGCCUAAUUCAUAUUCGAUUGUUUACUUUGAUACGGUGGAUGAGAAGUUCAAGGUCAUGCCACAACCAAAUUGUAUAAAUGAAGGAGACAAAUUUAGUUUGACGCUUAUGAGAGGAUGCCUUAGUUUAUAUUGUGAUACGAAUACGAUUGCUAGGGGUGUGGUGGUGUGGACUAUGAAGCAAUAUGGUGUCAACAAUUCUUGGACUAAGUUCAUUGUCAUCCCACGUCAGCUAGGAAUAAGCUAUUUUUAUACCUUGACACCAUUGUGUGCUACCAAGAAAGGUGAAGUUGUGGUGAUGACUGACAGAGGAGGGACAACAGCUCGAGAUAUUGGCAAGUAUGCAUAG